ACACUUGCUGUGAGCUGUUCUCUUUCUGCAGGCCUGGCUCACCGAGAUUAAUGAGUUCGCUCAGCAGAACGUAGUGAUCAUGCUUCUGGGGAACAAGGCUGAUGCCACUCAUGAAAGGGUUGUGAAGCGAGAGGAGGGUGAGAAACUGGCCAAGGAGUAUGGCGUUCCCUUCAUGGAGACCAGUGCAAAGUCAGGUCUGAAUGUGGAGUUGUCCUUCACUGCUGUGGCAAAGGAUCUGAAGCACAGGGAGAUGAAGGAGCCGAACGAGCCCAAGUUUCAGCUGCAGGAGUUUGUUAACAAGGAGAUGAAGGGAGUCGGAUGCUGUCGCUCAUAAACCCGUCUCAUUGUCUGUGUGUUUCCACUCUUUCAUCCUCUUCUCCCGCAUAAAUUGGAGGCUGUCAGAUAUUCAGUGUCUCCGGAGACUUUCAUUUUCAAACACUGUAUUUUUUCUUUGGACCUUCAUGCUCUUCACAGCUCGC